AUCAUUCACUUCAAAUUCGCAGAUUUCAUUCAUAAAAAAAAGUUGAGAAAAGAAUCCAAAAAAGUUGAUUUGUCAUAUUUUCAUUAGAGCACAUCAUUUUGUUUAUUCAAAUUAUAGUGUUAAUUAAAAGAUGAGCGAAGAAGAUAAUGCCUUGGUGAACCAGUCGGAGAGCAGUUCCUUUGAGGAUCUGGCAACAGCUCAUGAGAUAGAGGAGGCGAAACUAGCCGAGGCCGCAGCAGCGGAGACCGAGAAACCCAUAGAGAACAAAACUGACGAGUGGCAGGAUGUGCUCGGAUCAGGUGCCCUACUUAAAAAGAUUUUAAAGCCUGGAGAUGAAUCAGAAGGCCUAAGACCACACAGAAGUGAUAUAUGUCGGAUAAGCUAUGAGCUCAAGAUCCGAGGCGGCAGUGGAGACAUUUUUGAGAAGAGGGAUCAUGUUAAAAUUUAUCUGGGAGAUAAUGAGAUCCUACAAGGAUUGGACUUAGCACUCACACUUAUGUACAAAGGGGAAGAGUGCCUUCUUCAAAUAGCACCUCGAUUUGCGUACGGAGACGUAGGACUGAAGCCUGGUGAAAACCAAGGUUUGGUCGGGGAGAGCACUCCGGUAAAUUAUGAGGGCCCGGUGAUCGGUCCGGAAACGUGGUUGGAGGCUCGAUUGGAACUGCAUGAUUGGAGCGAAGAACCUGAACAUGAAACCUUGCCCAUUGCCGAGAGAAUGGAAAUUGGAACUCGCCGCCGCGCGCGCGGCAACUGGUGGUACGGGCGGGGCGAGGCGCAGCUGGCCGUGCAGCUGUACCGGCGCGCGCUGGACGUGCUGGACGAGGCGGAGGGCGGCAUCACCGAGCCCACACCCACCGGCGAGCUCGCGCCCACCUCCGACGAGCUGCGCGCGCUGCUGGAGGAGCGCCUGCGCGUGCACAACAACAUGGCCGCCGCGCAGCUCAAGGCCGGCGUGUACGAGGCGGCGCUGCAGGCAGUGACCCGCGUGCUAUCCUGCCAACCACAAAACGCGAAAGCUUUAUACCGCAAAUCGCGCAUCCUAUCCGCCAUGGGCCGUAACUCCGAAGCCCUAGAUGCGGCCCGGGCGGCGGCGGCCGCAGCACCCGACGACGCCGGAGCGAGGAAGGAACUCCACCGCUGUGAACAGAGGGCCACCAGGGACCGCUCGGUGGAGCGCCGGCUGGCUAAGAGGAUGUUAGGCACGCAAGCACCUAAAGGGACGCCGGAUAAGAAACCAUCGAAAGCUAAGAUGCUGAUGUGGGGCCUGCUGAGCCUGCUGGUGGGCGUGGCUAGCGUGCUGGUGUACCGGUACAAGAUGCAGGGACAUUGAUGACCAUGCUGCAGUGGGUUGAGCUGUAAAAUUGAUAUUCCAAUGAGGCGGUUGGAUGGGGAAGGUCGGCUACGUACAGUUCAUAUCAUUAUAUACGCUUGUUCGUCACGCUUAAGGCAGCGAGCUUCAUAUCGAGCAAUUAAAUAUUAUGCUACUUAAAUCCUUUGAAAAUGCAAUUUUACAUUGCCUAUUUUGUAUUUUUUACAUGAUAUUUUUUAUUACAAUUUUGUUAAAAAGCUUCAGAUUUGAAUCUGAGUAUGCACUAAUGCAUCUAUUGCACGUAACGAGUACAGUGACGAAAUAGACUUCUCUUAAUUAUCUGUAGAUGUGCAGUCGACGUCAAAGAUAUGUUUACAGUUUUGCACCUUACUCCUUUGUAAUAAGGCGAAAAAUGUAAACAUAUCUUUGACGUCGACUGUACAUAACUCAUCGGUUUAUUCUGAUCAUUUCGACAAUUUCGUACUUAGAGCUCAAGGGUUUCCCGUCUCCCUAGAUAUAUCAACGUGCAUUCGUCAAAAUCCGAUAGGAAAAAGCUUUAUGUCCGCGCAAUAAGAGCGAAAAAGCCGUCGACGCGCCGGCCGAGCCGAACGACGACUUUUUCGCUCUUAUUGCACAGACAUAAAGCUUUUUCCUAUCGGAUUUUGCCGAUUCCGCGGCAACAUAAUAUUAUGUGGGGAAACCCUAAAGGCCGAGCCACACCGGCUUGCGUGUGCGUGACGUGCGCUAAAAUGUUGGAUCCGCACACGCACACGUCACGCAAGCGGUAUGCCAUCUCUCAUAUGGAUCUGUAUACUACAACGCCGCACGCGCACGUGAACGUCACGCACACGCAGCCGGUGUGCACAGGCCUUAAAUCGUCUACGAUUUCAAUUAUUUAUUUGUAUGUGUCUAUAUAUCUAUAGAUCACAUAAUCACAAUGAAAUUGUAGACGAGUCGAAGCCGAUUUAACUACAAAAUUUUCACUAUCCAUUUGGCUGCCGAAACUUGCUCUUUUCACUAAACCGAUUGCUGACUUGUCACUGUUCUCGUUAUAUGUAACACGGAUAUUUUAGGGUAGACACUUGUACUUUAUGUAAAAUGGGUGGAAAGGUUAGGUUAAUUAGAGUUAACAUACACUCUGUGAUGCGAUCGCCAGGCUGCGCUAGCUUACUUACAAACAGAGACUAAUAAAUAAAGUGUGACUCUCAUAUAAAGUUAUGUUCCUCAGAAAUAAGGAUAAAGCCCUAUGUAUUUUGUAUACUUAAAAACCAUCAGAUAAGUUACUUUUUGAGGAAUGCAAGUUUGUAUGUUUUUAUUAUUUACUGGUCUCUGCUUUUAAUUGUCUUUCGAUUGUGCAUUUAUGUCGAAAUUUCAAAUAUUUCAAUAUGUAUAUAUUUUGUAUAAACCUGUAUUUGUCUCAUAGUUGUUUUUGUUUGUGUAGUGCCAAAAUUGGAGAUGUAGAAUGUAAUAUAAGAAUAAAUAUCUAUCGAAACCGUGUAAUAAACAUUUAAAAAUAUUUUUCGAUAUCUACUUUACUAGUAUAAGGACAGAUUUAUAAAUCGCAUUCCACAAUAACCAUUGAAAAAGCUGACUAUCAGGGUUGGUUAAUAAAAGUUAAACUAUAUAUUUUAUUAAUUAUUUACUUUCAAAUCAUUGGUGCUUUAAUUUCUGCAUUUUUGUUCUAUUAACAUUAUAUUAUAGAUGCUUAAAUUGGUUAUAAAAUUGAAAUAAAGAAAAUGGAGGGCGAUCAUUAUUUUUAUAGACGUAAAAUCAUGGGUAUAUACGCAAAGUAGACAAUUAUCGAUAUUAAUACUUCAAUCGUAUUGAUACAAAGUAGAACUUAAAUAAUUGGUCUAAACACGCAAUAUAAAUGUGAUUUCACUGUGAACAUGACGAUUAUUUAAUUAAAGUGGAAUUCUCGAAUUGUGGACACUGAAAUGCUUACUGAAUGAAAAGGCAAAUUAAUAUUUAUAAUUAUAUCUAGUAGUAUCAAUAAGCCUUCAUAUUCAAAUGUCUCCAACUUCGAGAAUAUUUACUUCCCACUUGUUUUAUAGAAUGUACACUUCUCAUGCCUAAAAAUAUUUGAAUAAAUAUGUACUCAGUUAGUCGGCAACGUCCAGCGUACAAGCAACAGCAGAUGUUCCUAAGCGGGUCAGGUGUUCAAAAUGAUCUUGACGCGACUUUAUUGUUAAGAGAAUAAGAGCGUGUCAAGGUCAUUUUGAAUACCUCACCCGUUUAGCAACUUCUGCUGCUGACUGUACGUAAACCAAAAAUGCAUUUAACUUGAAGGAAUCUUUGUCCACCGGCAUUUCUUUCAAUUCAACUUUUGCUACUAAAUUAAGCUUAUGUUAAUGCACUGAAGGUGUAAGAAUUUCAAUUCUAUAGAACAAAUGGGAAGUACCUCGCCCUUUUACAUCACAUUGACUAUAAAUACUCUGAUAUCAUAUCAGAAUAUCAUUAUAGCAACAUGUGACGUAGUAAAUUAGAUUUAUUUUAACUUAGGACAAUGGUUUGGUGUAAGGGUCUAUAACGCCCCACGUUUAAAAAAAUAAAUAAAAACAUUGUUCGAUUAAACACUAAUAAACGUUGUUGAAGACA